AUAUCGGAUAUAUAAUCGACUUUUUAUAAAUAAUAUAUAUAUCAUCAUCUCCUUAAAAUUUUGAUAUAUAAUUGGAAGUAUGUUUGUUGUUUCAAUGUAGUUAUUGGUUUAUUAUCGAUUUUCGUCUAUAUAUAUAUAUACAUGUAUCGAUCGGUGAAUUGAAUAUUAUUCGGUAAUAUUUGUGGCUGUAAAUAUAUGAUGCGUUGUUCUGAAUUCAGUAUUCAGAUUCAGACAUGGCUCCGUGAUUACGACCGGAUUCAAUCAUUCGCCGUCAUUCUCCUUUACAUUCAAAUUGGUUGUGCUUUGAUUGCAUCAUUGGGAGCCUUGUACACUGGAGUUGCUCUGAUUCAUCUUGGGAUUGCACUAUUUGCAUUAGUUGCUAUUGAGAGUAGUAGCCAGAGACUGGGUCGUACAUAUGCUGUUCUUUUGUUUUCUGCAAUUUUGGUAGACAUCUUGUGGCUCAUCCUUUUCAGUCAUGAAAUCUGGCACAUGUCUUCUGAGAUUCAUGGAAAAUUUGCCAUAUUUUCGGUGAAAGUCACUCUAGUAAUGCAAAUUAUCGGGUUCUCGGUGAGGUCAUCAUCGUCACUGUUAUGGAUCCAGAUGUAUAGAUUAGGAUCUUCACUAGUAGAUAGUACAUGUCACCAAGAUGGAGAUCAGGAUUUAAGGAACAGUUUUAUAAAUCCUGCCACCCCUUCUUUCAUUCGACCUACUUCUGAUUCUGAAGAUGUAUUAGGAGGUUCUAUCUAUGAUCCCGUGUACUACUCGUCCCUUUUUUCAAAUAAUCAUGACGAAGGAUAUUUACGUGAGGGUGAAAACCGUUUCAGUAGCUUGGGUAGGUCCAUAUCUGAUGACCCUCGGUUGAAGCCAUCUUUGAGUGAAUCUUUCCAGGCUAUACAUGGAAGUAUUGCAGAAGGCAGGACUGGAAGCUUUUAAAGUGUCAGAUAAUGACAUGAUAUACGAUACAAAUUGGCAUAGAGACCUUCCUUAUACUUUGAAAUGGAGGAGUAUUCGUUUAUUAAUAUUUACAAGCUCUGUAUAGUUUGCCCAGGCUUGUGCUAUUUUUUGCAGGAUAGGCAAGUGUAGAUGUGUUACUUACUUCUAGGUUUUGACCUUGCAUGACUAAAAACUGUGUAGCUAAUCGUUCAUGACUCCUGGUAAAGCAUACGUAUGUUCCCUACAUGUACUCUAUAGAGUAGGACAUGGAAGACAAGAAAAACUUCUUUAGUACUGUUUUAAGGGACUUUCGAAAGAUUUCAGGGUUCUUGAUGAGCUGUGCAUAGUCAACCGCGUUUCUUUUAAGACACAAGCUUUUUGUAGAUCCACUUAGGCACAUACGGAGUCUUGCAUAUUACAAAGAAUCUCUUAUAUGAAUGAUGUAUUUUUUUUCUGCUGAUAAAGCAUAAUUUAUUGAUAAAAGCUACUUAAGAGUAAAGAAGUUAAGUACAGUUUUUUCUUGUAUAUCGUCUUAAAAAAGUUGUGUUCUCAGA